AUGCCUCUUUAUGAAGUUUUAUAUGGGAGAAAAUGUAGAACGCCUCUUUGUUGGAACGAGGUUGAUGAAAGAAAAUUGGUGGGUCCUGAUAUUGUGCAACAAGCUAAAAGUAAGGAAACAAUCAUCAAUGAUCGCUUAAAAAUUGCCUUAGACAGACAAAAGUCUUAUGCUGAUCUUAAGAGGCGUGAAAUUGAGUAUAAAGCGGGGGAUAAGGUAUUUUUAAAAGUUCCUCCAUGGAAGAAGAUUAUGAGAUUUGGCCAAAAAGGUAAACUUAGUCCUCAAUUUAUUGGACCUUAUGAAGUGCUUGAGAGAGUUGGUCCAGUUGCUUAUAAACUAGCUCUUCCACUAGAGUUAGACAAGAUCCACAACGUCUUUCAUGUUUCACUGCUUAGAAGAUACCGCUCAGAUCCAUCUCAUGUUCUUCCUAUUGAAUCUAUUGAGGUCAAUCCUAAUUUUACAUAUGGAGAAAAACCAAUCCAAAUCUUAGCGUGUGAGUUAAAAGAGCUUAGAAACAAGAGCACCCCCUUAGUGAAAGUUCUUUGGAAAAAUCAUUCUGGCGAAGAAGCUACUUGGGAGCGAAAAGAGGACAUGCGAGUUCAAUAUCCACAUUUGUUUCGGGACUAG